CUAAUUCAACCAUCUACAAGAGCUUCUUUAGCGGCCAGAUUAAGAGCAAACCGAAGAAAUCAAAUAGUCGGUCAGAGUUCAUUCAGUUCUUCAAAAUCAAAAUGGCUCGUACGAAGCAAACAGCUCGCAAGUCCACCGGAGGAAAGGCUCCAAGGAAACAGCUUGCCACCAAGGCUGCCAGGAAGUCGGCACCCACGACUGGAGGUGUGAAGAAGCCUCACCGCUACCGACCUGGAACUGUUGCACUGCGUGAAAUUAGGAAAUAUCAGAAGAGUACUGAGCUUUUGAUCCGCAAACUACCCUUCCAAAGGCUUGUUCGUGAAAUUGCUCAAGACUUCAAGACGGAUUUGAGGUUCCAAAGUCAUGCUGUCCUUGCUCUUCAAGAAGCUGCUGAGGCCUAUCUUGUUGGUCUGUUUGAAGACACAAAUCUUUGUGCAAUCCAUGCUAAGAGGGUAACUAUCAUGCCCAAGGACAUCCAACUUGCGAGGCGUAUUCGUGGUGAAAGGGCAUGAAUGUUCAUUAUUACUUGUUUGGUUAGGUGGUGGUUCUUGCACUCCAUAUGUCAAUUUCAGUGUCUUGUAAGAAUUGGUUCAUGUAACACUUUAAUUUUCAAUUUGGUUGGUUAAUAACUGUUAAAGAUACGUGUGAUCUGUUCAACGUGAUUUGCUUCUUUUUUUUUUUUCA